UUUUCUCCUCGGCCGGCCGCACCGCUGCCACUCAUAUUAAGCCUCUAACGUGCAGGCGGUGUCGCGGGUGAGUGAUGUCAGUUUCACCGCCCACUAGUGCCUACUCGCCGUUGACGCUGACGCCUGCGCAUAGCCAUGCGACUCUGUAAAGCGACGCGAAGGACCGUCGUCUCCAUUUCUAUUCUCUACACCAAAGUCCAGCCCUAUGUCGCGUACUUCCACUGGUUCCGAUCCGACAUGAACAUGUUCCUGACUGUGGCGAGGAUCGUUGUCCCCGCGGUGGCUGGUGCGGCCAUGGCAUCGGUCGGGUUCAUCCUGAGUGUGUUCGGUGCGAUUGCCCAUGCCCUUGUAUCUACGUUCCUGGACCUACCGCCAGAAGAGCAACACCGGCGAGUCGAGCCCAAGCUUCUCGUCCCAACACUUCAUUCUCGCAAUGCAUCGACUGCGUCCCUCUACUCUCUCGCUCUCUCGCACGAUUCCGACUCGGUCACUCAAACAACGUCAGAAACAGUAUCGUCAGAACAAGCCGCCCGUGCUGCAAUUGAGAAAGAGUCACUGGAUGACGUCCCGCCACCUCCCUCUCCCUCAAUUUCGCGAUCAUCUUCAAAGAUCGUUGCAAGUGGCUCCAACCUACUUCAACUGUCGAAGGAGGCCAUAAUCCGGAGUCACUCGCCCGUCCGGCGAAUCGCGAGUCAAAUACAGGAGGACCGCAAGAAGCGUCGGGCGACGCGCAAGAGCACGUCCCCACCUCACAUCAUAAUCGCGCUCCCUCCGUCGCUAACACCGAUCCCCUCUGCGGACCCGUCCACGCCCUCAUUAUCAGAGCAACAGUCCAUGGCUUCGCACAGCUCUGAUGCCGAGAGCCCACGGCCUAAGGUCUGUCGGUCCGUCACCUCGCCGGCCACCAGCGUCACAUCUCCCAAGAAGAAAUGGCUGCCCCGUAGGCAACACAGUACGCCACCGCAGCGACCGCCGCCCCUCCCGCGUACAGACCCGUACCAGGCACCCUACUUCUUCCCGACUCCCCUGUCCCCGGAGGCCGCAGACUACGUCCGGCAGGUGCGCAUCAGCCGGGGCUCUACCACGGUCGGCGGGACGACGUUCGAGCAGCGGAAGGCAUGCGAGCCAGGUUCCAUCGUCGUGGGCGGUCCAGCGCACGCGAGGAGCAGGGAGACGUCAAUUGACGGACGCUUGGAUGGGAUAGCCGAGAGCGCGGCGGUUGAGGUGGCUGGGGAGAGGGAGAAGGAUGCGGAGACAGAAGGGAAAGAGUCGAGGGAGGAGGGUCCGCGGAAGCAGCCCCGGCUCCCGAGCAGGAGACUGUCGUGGCAUCCGGUGACGGAGGAGCCUGCGUCGAUGUUGUUGCAGGAGGAACGACCGUCGGUGCCUCGUUCGACUGGCUCUGACUCCGUCCCGAACUCGCCAACCAGCUUCCUCAGGAAGUCGCGCAGCUUGCUACGUGCCCCGCAGCCACUCACGCCUUCGUCUGCUAUAAGCGAGGCAAAUGUGGCCGCAAAGGGUCGGUCGAGGUCGGGCCCGUCAGCGUCGCCUGAUGCGCGGGAAGGCCCGCGAGCACGAAUAGGAAAGAAAUUCUCGCUGCUCGAGAAGAUCCACCAUCGACGCUCGUAUAGCGGGGACAAGGCUACAUGAGCAAGCACCCACCUUGCCCUCCAAAACGGACUCUGUGUAUAAUGGGGGUAGAGGAAUGUUCUUCACGCAGGGUUUUGUGUUACAUGUCGGUGAUUCGUU